UCGCGACAAGACGGUGCUUACUUGAGCGUUUUUAACUCAUUCUUCUGGAGGAAGAAGGAUAACAAGCGUUUUUCAUUUACCUUAAUCAGGAUUUCCUUUUCUCUCACAAUGGAUGUUGACGAACCAGGCUUACCAAUUGGGGAGCCGAAGGAGGUUCAGGCUCAACCCCACGUGGGGGAUGUGGGGAUGGUGGGGGUAGAUAAGGAAGGAGCUACCCCGGGAUUACCGAGAACUCUGUCAGGUCAGGAGGAAGAGGACGGCAAAGGCAAUAGAUCCCCACCUCAGUCUCACAGGAACUAUUGGCCGGAGGAAGAACGGGUGCGUGAAAUGCUGGCGCGAUGCUAUGAUGCAGGUAUCCUCCCCUCGGGGUGGGAUAUCGGAGAGCUGAGGGAAGAAGGCACUAAGGCACACUUCAUCCUGAAUCACUCCUUGGACGAGAUCAAAGUUAACUGGUUGAAGGAGCGAACCGUGACAGUUAUUUUCUUGGAAGGAUCGAAGAAUCUGCCCAAGAAGAUAAAGGAAGAUGUUAUUCGAGCGUUCGAAGAUGUGUGGUUGGCGGACCAGCGAUUUGACUCGUCCAUCACAAGAGGCAGGGUGUGCAUUGAAUUGAGCAACGUCCUGUCCUACGUGGCCAAGGAUAAGCGGGUGGCAGAGUGGAUGCUUGAGGAAAAAGAGGUCAGGGUAGUGCUGAAGAGGAGAUGGCACAACAUCGCAUUCAAGCUGUGGUUGACCAAGGUCGAGAUACAAGAAGCGAAGAAGGAGGUAGAGAAAACCUACUUCUGGAUUCGGUUCAUUGAUGUGCCAAUUGACGCUUACUGUUACUUGGAGUCAGCGGCCGAAGCAUCGAUAGGGCCAGUUAUCAAGGUGUACCCAUCGGAGAAGAACGCAUUAACCCCUCAAUUAAUAAACGUGAGAAUGGACAUCGCGAUAGAAAGCAUAGCAAGAUUGAAGGAGUCUCUGGAGUUUAUGACCUUUCAGGGUCAAGAAAUUAAACUUCAGAUGGCGAAUGCGACAACUCCCUGGUGCAGCAGAUGUCGUAAAUACUUCCAUGCAGAAGAUCAGUGUCCACGCGCCAGGCGGGCAAGAACUCCCAGCCCUGGUGCCAGCGAAUCCAGCCACAGUAGCAGUACUAGUGGACAACCGAGCAAUAAGCCAAGCAGCAUUCGCUCUUCGAGAGCAGGAUUGUAGCGGACCUUGGGUUGGCCUGUGAGACCAGCCCCUUGGCCUGUUCUCACAGGCCUGUGUUAUAUUCGGGGUAGGCCAGUCCAGGCCGGUACCUCUGUCGGUACCAGCUAGUCCAUUCCAGUCAUGUCAGUCCGCUGGGGUAUACCCCAGCCAUUGUCUGUUUUCAGUCUCAUUCCUUACUUGCACAUUUUGGAGUACGUGCGUUGGAGUCUUGCGUGGGGAGCUGCGUUGUGCCAUCUUGCUCCCCCCUUCUUCCUCCAUCUCCAUCUCUGUCACUAGCGGAGCACCACACCUGGUGGGUCCGCUACAAGGAUCAAGUAAUGAAAGCAUGCAAGACCA